AUUGUUGUUUUUGCUCCGAAGUAAACAAAAGUUGGACGAAUGUUUGGAUCAUAUUAUUAAAAAAGCUAAUGCAGGAUAGGAAAUCAGAAGACAUGGCCAGGAAAAGGACCAGAAAAAGGAGCAAGCAGCGCAGUAGAAGACGGAGAAGUGAGGGAAAGCCAAGACCACAAACAACUAGAGAUCGGGAUCAGUGGACCAAUGUUGCUCAAAUAUACCAAAGUCUAUUCGAAUGGCACCACAAUCAUGUGAUGAGCCUCUGCUCUCCGACAGAUCAGAACCAGGAUCAGGAUAAUGAGGAUACUACUGAGGAAGCUGGAUCAUCGCAAUGCCUUGACUAUGUCUAUGAAAGCUCCUCGGAGGAGGAGGAAAACGAACCCAUUGACGAGGAGUAUCUGAAGUUCCUGGAGGUGACCAUCAAGCAUCAGCAGGAACUGAAAGAUCGAAGAGCUGCCCAAACCACCGACUCCGUAGAUUAGGAUUAAGAUAACCUUCUUGUUCAGGUGAUUCUUAAUAUGGAAAACCUAUGAUAACCAUCAGUGGAACUUCUAUCUGCCUCAAAGAUAUACAAUUGUAUAAAACUAUUUCGAUUUUUAAAG